AUGAGGGCGGCCUUUAUAUCAUCUUUUGUCGCGGCAUUGGAGUUCAUAUCACUGACCUCCGCUACAAGCAAUCAUACCGGGCUUCCGAAACGUCCAGAUGUCCAGCCCAGGCCAUUCAACACCGGCCAGUCUAUGCCAUACUCUCCAUCAAGAGAGGAUGGCCGGUAUUGUUACGUCAAGGCGGGCGGUAACUCAACUCGAGAUGAUUCUCCCGAGGUCCUGAAGGCUUUCAAGAAGUGCAAUGACGGAGGCACAGUUGUGAUGGACAAGACGUAUCUGAUCGGCUCGCCGCUCGACCUGACCUUCCUCAAACACGUCGAUGUGGUCAUCACCGGAGAGGUCGACUUCGACGACAGCGAUGUCUAUUAUUGGGCCGAAAACAGCUUCAAAUUCGCAUUCCAGAACCAGUCGACCUUCUGGAAGUUUGGAGGGGAGGAUGUGAACAUCUACGGCGACCUGAGCAACGAUAAGUCAGUCAUUGAUGGACGUGGACAGGCGUACUGGGAAGCGGUCGUGACGAACAAGACCCUGGUGCGGCCGGUGCUAUUCUCCAUGGAUGGGAUGAAGGGUAGCACGAUGUCUAACUUGAGAAUGCGAAAUACUCCCGCUUGGUUUAACCUCAUCGCGAACAGUACAGAUAUCCUCAUAAGCGACAUGGAACUUCAAGCUAAAGACACGCAGAGCGAAAAUGGUGUCAAAAUAGCAAACUCAGACGGCUGGGAUAUUUACCGCUCAGAUCGGAUUGUUAUCCAGAACUCGGUCGUUUUGAAUACUGAUGACUGUGUAUCCUUCAAGCCGAAUAGCACCAAUAUCGUCGUACAGGGCCUAGACUGCACCGGCUCCCAUGGUAUCAGCGUCGGCUCCCUGGGCCAAUACAAGGGCGAGACAGAUAUAGUGGAGAAUCUCUACAUAUACAAUAUCACUAUGACCAACGCCAGUGACGGCGCACGUAUAAAAGUUUGGCCCGGUAUCGAAACUGAGUUCCAAGAGCUGUUGAACGGCGGUGGAGGACUUGGACAUGUUCGAAAUGUUACUUACGAUGUGUUCCAUCACUACAAUAAUGAUAGGGCUAUCACGAUUACACAGUGUUAUGGGCAGAGCAACCAGACACUUUGUAAUGAAUUUCCUGCCAACUUAACAAUCAAGGACAUCACGAUGAAGAACAUGGACGGUGUUACUUCAGCCAAGCUGGACCCCAAAGCUGGAAGUAUGGUUUGCAGUGCCGAGGACCGUUGUAGCAACAUCCGGGCGGAGAAUAUCUCGAUCACUGUUCCCAGUGGAAAAACACCUUUGUAUGAAUGCAAAAACCUCGGUGUCAGCCUGUUGCAGAUUAAUUGCACAGCGGAGACAGAGGGGGACCAAGAUACGUCUCAAGGAUAG